AUGUAUACAACUGAGGCAUUGGGUAAUUUCUCAGUGUUUAGAGCGACUUCCGUUUCAAUGGCGGCCACCAACUAUCUCAGAAGUCCAGUUCGAAUCCGACCCAUGUCCCGUAGCAUUCUUAGUAGCAAGAAUUUACUCUGGAAUCAUGUAAUGAAGUGCCAGUGCAGCAGCAGGACCAGCAGUAGCAGUAGCGGCGUUGAUGAGAAGUCAGUGUUUUCACUCACCUCGUCAAGCAAGUACGAAGUUGAUUAUUUGGGAGAGAAAACCAAAGGGGAUUUGAAUGUCAAGGUGGAGCAUCUUGAGGCCUUUGGAAUUGAUAGUCAAGCAACUUUAAAAGGUCCAAUUGAGGAAGUAGCCAGGGUUGAGGCUGAAGAAGCUGAAGACUUGCUCAGAGACUUGGGUAUCCCGACUCCUUUUUCGUCAAGACAAUCAGCUCGUGGCAUUUUUUGUAGCCGCACAUUGAAUCUUCGAUCAAUCAGUGCCAUUGGAUAUGAUAUGGACUACACCUUGAUGCAUUAUAAUGUGAUUGCUUGGGAAGGGAGAGCUUAUGAUUACUGUAUGGAGAAUUUGAAGAAAGUGGGUUUCCCUGUUGAUGGUCUUGCGUUUGACCCUGACUUGGUUAUUAGAGGCCUUGUCAUAGACAAAGAGAAAGGCAACUUAGUGAAGGCUGAUCGAUUUGGUUAUGUAAAGAGGGCUAUGCAUGGCACGAAGAUGCUAUCUAAUCGAGCUGUAAGUGAGAUGUACGGGAGGGAACUGGUGGACCUCCGGAAGGAAGGUCGAUGGGAAUUCCUUAAUACACUGUUCUCCGUCUCAGAAGCUGUCGCUUAUAUGCAGAUGGUUGACAGAUUGGAUGAUGGAACCAUAGCAGCACAACUUGGUCCACUUGAUUAUAAAGGACUCUAUAAGGCUGUUGGAAGAGCCCUCUUCAGGGCACAUGUAGAGGGUCAACUAAAGAGUGAGAUAAUGUCUAAGCCUGAACUAUUUGUGACACCUGAUCCAGAAUUACCCCUAGCACUUUUGGAUCAAAAGGAGGCUGGUAAAAAGCUUCUGCUCAUUACCAACUCAGAUUAUCAUUACACAGACAAAAUGAUGCAGCAUUCCUUCAACAGAUUUCUUCCCAAUGAUAUGGGUUGGCGGGAUUUAUUUGACAUUGUAAUAGUCUCCGCAAGGAAGCCAGAGUUCUUCCAAAUGUCACACCCUAUGUAUGAGGUGGUGACAGGAGAGGGGCUCAUGCGUCCAUGCUUCAAGGCUAAAACAGGGGGAUUGUAUUCUGGGGGAAGUGCUCAGAUGGUUGAGAAUUCUCUAAAUAUUCAUGGAGAUGAAAUACUGUAUGUUGGUGAUCAUAUCUACACUGAUGUAAGUCAAUCCAAAGUUCAUCUGCGAUGGCGGACAGCAUUGAUUUGUCGAGAAUUGGAAGAAGAGUUUAGUGCUUUGAUCCAUAGCCGGGGUCAUAGAGCAUCACUGGUAGAGCUUAUAAAUCAAAAGGAGGUUGUAGGGGAUCUUUUCAACCAACUUCGGCUCGCCUCGCAAAGGCGAACUAAAGGACGCCCUGCUCAAACCCUUGCUGCAACAAACUUGGAUGAUCAAGAGCUCUCAGAAAGCAUGCAAAAGCUACUUAUAGUUAUGCAAAGACUGGACCAGAAAAUUGCUCCAAUGCUAGAAGCAGAUGGAGAGCUCUUCAACAAAAGGUGGGGAUUUCUUUCCCGUGCAGGGUUCUGGGAUAAAAGCCAUCUGAUGAGACAAAUUGAGAAGUAUGCCGAUAUAUAUACCUCUAGAGUGUCAAAUUUCUUGCAUUAUACACCUUUCAUGUAUUUCCGCUCACAGGAACAGACGCUUGCUCAUGAUUCGUACUCAUACUACUGUUCGAGGUUUAAUGGGUCUGCUGUGGAUGACGAGGUCGACUUUAUGUUGUAG